AUGGAGGCAGGAAGAAGCCUCUCCUGCCUUGGGGGCCUGGCGCCAUCCCUCCCAGAGUGGCGGACGGAGGCUCUGGGGCAAAAGGCGGAGAUUGAUGAUGAUGUUGAAGGACUACGGGUGCUGGUGGUGAUGCCCGGUUUUGGCACAUAUCCAGGUCGGAAACGAGGCGGGAUUGUGCACCCCCAAAAUGUGUUCUUCCCAUGCCCAACAUGCCAGCGAGACGUGGACUUGGGUGAGCGGGGCUUGGGCAGCCUCUUCCGGAAUCUGACGCUGGAGCGUGUAGUGGAGCGCUACCGCCACACCAUCAAUGUCAGCGCAGCCAUCAUGUGCCAGUUUUGCAAGCCUCCACAGCUGGAGGCCACCAAAGGCUGCACUGAGUGCAAAUCCAGCUUCUGUAAUGAAUGCUUCAAGCUCUACCACCCUUGGGGCACUCAGAAAGCACAGCAUGAGCCCACUCCACCUACGCUCACUUUCCGGCCCAAGGGUCUGACGUGCCCAGAGCACCGGGAGGAAGUGACGCAUUACUGCAAAACUUGCCAACGCCUGGUCUGCCAGCUAUGCCGCGUCCGUCGCACCCACACUGGCCACAAGAUCACACCCGUGGUCAGCGCCUACCAGGCCCUCAAAGACAAGUUGACAAAAAGCCUGGCAUAUAUUCUGAGCAAUCAAGAUACAGUUCAGGCUCAAAUUAGUGAGCUGGAAGAGACACUGAGGCUCACUGAGGCAAAUGGCACUCAGGCCAAGGAAGAAGUGGCACGGCUUAUGCGCGGCCUGAGCACUCUCCUGGAAGAAAAGCAGGCUUCCCUUCUCAACACCAUUGAAGAAUGCAGGCAAGACCGUGCCUCAAACCUGCGUGCGCAGCUGCAUGAACACCGGGCCAUGAUGGAGAACUCGGGCAUGGUGGGCUAUGCUCAAGAAGUGCUGAAGGAGACAGACCAACCCUGUUUCGUACAGGCGGCCAAGCAGCUACAUAACAGGAUCAUCAGGGCAAUGGACUCACUGCAGGCUUUCCAGCCAGCAGCCAGCUCAUCCUUCAGCCACUUCCAGGUAGAUGUGAGCCGAGAGCUGAAACUGCUGACGGACCUGACAUUUAUCAAAGCACCGGAAGCCCCUGUGAUUGACACACAGCGCACCUACGCUUAUGACCAGAUCUUCCUCUGUUGGCGCCUGCCACAGCACUCUCCCCCCGCCUGGCACUACACAGUGGAGUUCCGGCGAGCUGAGCCCAAGGGCAAGGCACUGAAGCUGUGGCAGAGGCGGGAGGAAGUGCAGGGCACCAGCGCUAUUGUAGAGUACCUGGAUACUGACUGCAUCUAUGUUUUGCGUGUCCGGGGGUGCAACAAAGCAGGCUUUGGAGAGUACAGUGAAGACAUCUACCUGCACACGCCCCCGGCACCUGUGUUGAACUUUUUCUUGGACAACCGAUGGGGCUUCAACCGGGAACGCCUGGCCAUCAGCAAGGACCAGCGGGCGGUGCGCAGUGUUCCAGGCCUGCCCAUGCUCUUUGCCGCUGAGCGCCUGAUGACCAGUUGUCACCUGUCGAUUGACCUCGUGAUUGGAGAUGUGGCGGUCACCCAGGGGCGGAGUUAUUGGGCCUGCUGUGUGGACCCCAGCUCUUACCUGGUCAAGGUGGGCGUGGGCCUGGAGAGUAAGCUGCAAGAAUGGUUCCAAGUGCCCCAGGAUGUGGUGAGCCCCAGGUAUGAUCCUGACAGUGGCCAUGACAGUGGAGCCGAGGACACCACCUUGGAUACGUCACCACCCUUUGCCUUCUUGACCAUUGGCAUGGGCAAGAUUCUCCUCUCCCAUGGUGUGGCACUGACCUCCCGUGACCCUGGCAACUGUACUGUUCCACUUCCUCCCCGUGUGGGCAUCUGCCUGGACUAUGAGCGUGGCAAGGUGACGUUCUUUGAUGCUGUCUCCUUCCGUAGCCUCUGGGAGUGCAGCAUUGACUGCUCAGGCCCCGUCUGCCCUGCCUUUUGCUUCAUUGGGGGUGGUGCCCUGCACCUCCAAGAGCUGGUGGCCAACCGCCAGGAACGAAAGGUCACCAUUGGUGGAUUCUCCAAGCUGGACUGAGCUUACCCUUGUUGGGUCUUUUGUUAUCUUGCGUGAGAUGCAGAUUGAGCAGCAUCAGCCUUCUAGGGCCUGAAGGGUUAACACAACAGCGCACAAGACAGCUUCUCCUCCCACCCUUAAAAAGAACAUGGCUCUGAGUGAAUUGUGAAGAGAUUUGGUGGGGUUGGGGGGAGACACAAUCAGCAGAGGAGGCUGCCCAGGGCCUGUAAAAUGGGUGCCUAUCCACUGCAGGGUGGACUUGAUAGUGUCCCCUGGUGGACUGAUGGACCUUCCAGCAGAUUGAUAUUCCAUGUUUUGAACAAGGGGUGCAGGCCACAACCAUGUUUCUCUUUAGGCUCUGCUAUGUAGAAUGUUAUCAAGAUGUGGGGAAAGUGGAUGCGAUCCUGCCCCCUCCAUUUGCCCCAUGUGGAGGAUAACGUCAUUCUGUGCCAUAGCCUCUUAUUCCCUUUCAUAGGCCCAUUUAUCCUCCUGUUCAUCUUGCCCUUGUGCCUUGGUAUGGGCAGGGUGAUGGGAGAUUUUCUUCUUUUUUCCAGUUGGGGUAUCCCCCACAAAAGAUCCCAAGAGACAGGGAUUUUGAUCUGUUCAAGAGGGAUUGACUUUUUUUUGAUGCAUGGAUAAUUUGAUAUGUUUUUAAUGGCUUGUCGACUCUCUCUCCUUUUUAAAAACAUGUACAAUCCCUUGUCUAUUCUCUCCUUCCCUGUUCCCUUCCAUAAUUUUGGACCCCUCUGUGGAGAAGUUGGUACCCCCCUUACUUCUCCUGCGGUCCCAAUUUUGAACAGAAUUUAAUGACCUUCAUUUCUGAUCUCUCCCGGCUCCCUUCUGGGACUUUUCAAGAUUGGCAUCCAAGGGUGAGUGACAAGAGAUACCUUUGCCAAAAUUUAAAAAUGACAGGGUGGGAAGAAAUGGAUGGUGAGUGGCUAGAACCAUGGCAGUGACACUUUGCCCCCUGCAGGUUUUAGUUUUGUGGGGCAGGUACGCCUGCUUCCUUUGAGAUCACCUGAAUUCCCAUUAAACAAAUGGAAUUUGUCUAGCUGUCCCCCUGGAUGUCUUUUUCCCCCUUAAAGUUUCCCAGCACAUAUCUUCCAAACUUCUACCACAUCAUGGACACACCUUGGGCAUCAUGGAAGAUUCAUUGCAUUUUUAAACUUCACCAUCCAUAUAUUGGGAUUGGGUAAUUUGUGGCUUUCCAGAUGCUUUUGGACUGCAACUCCCACGACUAGCUGUGCUGGCUAGGAGCUGAUGGGCAUUGCCAUCCAACUUUUGGAGAGCCUCAAGUUGCCUAUUCUGACCAUAUAGCUGUGGUUUUGUCCCAUUUAUUAUUUUUAAAUAGAAAAUGUGAUGUCUUUUUCUAAAAAUCCCAGUAAGCAUUUUCCCCCGAUUGUCCUCACAUUAAAUGAAGUUGGAACAGA